GUGCUCCUCAUCGGGAAGUUUCUUCUAGGAGGUGAACCUUCUUACCGUUUAAUGAAUCACACCUAAAAUCUAAAGGACGAAGCGGGGAAGUUUCUUUUAUAGAAUUAAUCUGUGCAGAGAGAGUCUAAAAACGUCAGAGAAAGAAUAGCUGCUCAUCCGAAACGGCUUUCCUGGAGGAUGGGGCUGCUGUCCACGCUGAAAUCCCUGUUCAUCUGCCACCUGAUCAUCGGCUAUGUGUUUCUGGUGAGCGGCCUCCUCAUCAACCUGCUUCAGGUGUGCACUUUACCCGUGGGGUUGGUCAGCAAGCAGCUGGCUCGCAGGAUCAACAUCCGGCUGGGCUACUGCAUCGCCAGUCAGGUAGUUGCAGUCCUGGAGUGGUGGUCUGGCACGGAAUGCACACUUUACACCGACCCAAAAAGCUAUCCUCUGUAUGGAAAGGAGAACGCGAUUGUUCUUCUCAACCAUAAUUUUGAGAUCGACUUUCUGUGUGGCUGGACCUUCUGUGAACGCUUUGGAGUUCUGGGAAGCUCAAAGGUUUUGGCCAAACAGGAGCUGGCAUAUGUGCCGGUGAUUGGCUGGAUGUGGUACUUCCUGGAGAUAGUUUUCUGCAAGAGGAAGUGGGAAGAGGACCGGAGGUUGGUGGCUCAGAGUCUUCAGAAUCUGCGGGAUUACCCAGAAAACUACUGGUUUCUGCUGUUCUGUGAGGGAACACGCUUCACACCAGAGAAACACCAGGCCAGCAUGCAAGUGGCUGAGAGUAAAGGCUUACCUAAACUUAAGUACCAUCUUCUGCCCAGAACAAAGGGGUUCUGGAUGACGGUCCAAAACCUUAGGGGAACUGUCUCCGCUGUUUAUGACUCCACCCUGAACUUCAGGGACAACGAAACGCCAACCAUGCUUGGAGUCCUCAAUGGGAAGAAGUAUCAUGCAGAUUUAUACGUUCGGAGAAUUCCUCUGGAGUUGAUUCCUGAAGAGGAGAAGGAGUGCGCUGCCUGGCUCCACAAACUUUACCAGGAAAAGGAUGAGCUGCAGGGGGCUUAUGAAAAGACGGGACUCUUCCCUGGCCCUAAAACGAGUCCUCCCCGUCAGCUGCGGACUCUGAUGAACUGGUUGUUCUGGUCCUGUGUGGUUCUCUACCCUCUGGGCCUCAUGCUCACUCACGUAAUCAGCUCUGGAUCGGCGCUUACCAUCAUCGCCGCUGUGGUGGUCUCCUCAGCAGCGUCGGUGGCUGUUCGGUGGAUGAUUGGCCAGACUGAGAUCGGAAAAGGUUCUAAAUAUGGUAACAGGGAGGUUCCUCCAAACACCAACGGAAGCAGCUAGGCCUGUGAACUGCUGUCAGACAAGACGAGGUCUGCUCAACAAGUUCCGACCUGCACCCAUUCACCUCUGAUCCGACUGAAACACACCUAACAGCCUUUUCACUGUUCAAGGGAAACUCAAUCGAGCGACGCAAAGAUGGACUCCCUCUUUAAGAAGCUACAAUACUAUCUUUUUACAGUUAAAUGCAUCAUUUGACAUUAUACCACACAUGUAAAAAAGCACAACAGCUCCUCUUGUUACACUUUUGAACCAGGAGUUUUGCCACAAGUGUCUCCAGUCAAAGUGAAAUAUAUGAGGUUAUUUUGACAGCAGAAGCAGCCAAAGAGGAGGCAGAACCUUCAUGGAGUUCUAGAAGAAACCGGACUACAGCCUGGUCAACACAGAUGAUCUUCCUAAGCUUUCUAUUUGCCAAGAGCCCUGCAGUGUUAAAACAAAAAUGUUUCGAUUACCUUACAUUUGUUCUGAAUGGUGCCAACAAGCCAUCUCCAAAGGGAAUAAAGGGUCAAACUAUGACAAUCCAAGUAAUGAUAUGAUUACCUUCCUGCUGCUGUAAAUGUGCUGCAAUCACAUCUGUUUUUGUUUUGUUUUUGUGCAACAUUCUUUAGAUUUUAAGAGUUGAUUUUUCAAAAGUACAAGGAAUUGUCUCAGAAAGUUACUAUAUAUUAAAUAAAAAAGUGUCUCAACCUCAAAAA